UAUUAAAUCAUUUCAGGAAGCGGAAUAUCACGGCAUACUCCGGUCGGAUAAACCUCCUAGUAUAUUUCAACGGAUUCAGAAGUUAAACCAGGUUAUGGUGAAGCCAGUGAAGAGAUCGACGCGCCUCUGUCGCGAAUUGCAGAAAUCAUUUGACGGCUCGAUCUUCUCUUGGAACUGCUUGGAAUAAAUAAGUAAAAAUGGAAGGAAGUAAAAGGAGGGAUAAGAAUGAGCAAUACAUAAAAGUUAAGAAAAGCAAAAUAAGAUGAAUGAUUAUUGCGUCCCACGUAUUGUACGCCGCUACAAUAAAUAUUAGCGGCAGCACUUUUGGAAAGCCCCAAGGUACGGUGCGUGGCUACUCUAAUCUUUUAUUUGUUUAGUGGUGUUAGGGUGCAGACGACAAGUGAAAGUUGGAAAAUUGGCCGGAUGACAGCGGCAAAGACGCGGUCAAACGUGGCCUCAACGAUCGGCGUAAAUAUACGAUUUUCUCGGACGUUAAUAGACAUAGGUUUGACAGUUUCAUCGAUAACCGAGGCCGAUUAUCCCGAAGAUGCUGUCAGUCAUGCAGCCCAGGAGAGAAAGGCAGAUGGAAGAUGCUGGGACAGAACUUGCAACGAUGGUUUGCCCUACGGCAGAGGAGUUAAGCGUUAUUGUAAAUAACGUUCAGUGCGUUCACUGCGGUCUGAAUUUUCGAAAUGAGCCGCAGCUUCGCCUUCACGACUUGAAGGUUCACCAAAGGAGAGGUCUCGACAAGACCGUGAAGGAGAAUGUACGGUACCAUUGCCCCGCAGCAUCCUGCAUCUAUGCCCCAGAAUCUCAGAGAUACUUCACUACGAUGAAGUACCUCAAGCAGCACUAUUUAAAGGUGCACGCGGCGAAAACUUUUGCAUGUACCAGUUGCGUCAAGUGCUUCCCUACAGAAGCUGCGAAAGAUGCACAUGUUAGAGUGUGUGGUAUAGAGUUUACUUGCAGUUGCCAGAAAACCUUUAGUACGUACGAGGCGCUUCUCACUCAUGCCAGACGCUACUUUCAUACCGUUGACGAAAAGUAUAAACCCACAGUUAGGCGAACCAAUGCCAAGUCGUUGCAGGGAACGGUUCCACUGUACAUUUCGUUUCCCAGGGGGGUGAAGCCAAUUUCUAUACUCCCCAAUCAUGGAGAAUUAGGAAUCUCAAAUUCUACCGUACAGAGCACUCCAAAAUUCUCAGACAUUGCUGUUCAAACGGAUGAGAUUAAAAAGAGCAAACGGACUCCGAGUCCUUCCAAGGGCAAUACUGGCAAGCGUCAAGUGUCACGGCAAACGCAAACCAGUAUUCUACCAAGAGACAAACGCUAUAGACGUUCUGCGGAAACACAAACUGGAGACGAUUUUGUAUCGAAAAAACUUACAGACGUAUCUAAAGUCCGAAGACGCAGGAAGAACAAUGUGAAGAAAGUGGAGAACUCAGUUCUGCAAGAAGACUUCACGUUUGCAGAGUCUUUUGUCUCUGAGAACUUAUUUCCCAACAGUCCGUUGCCAUUGAGACAUGAUAUUGGUUUGCAAGAUUUAUGGGAAGACAAAAGCACUUUGGGAACCCAAACUAGUCCAGAAAAGAACCUCUUUGAAGCACUUAAUGACAAUGUCACGCAAACGGAUUUGGUUUCAUUUUACACUCGGGUGGAACCUACACUGAUGCAUUGUGCUUCGCAAACUACAAAUUUAACAGCUCUACCAUACAAUGAGGAUGCUGCAGUUAUUGACACCUUUACCUUUGUUCCGACAAGUGACAUAUCUAGAGUGGAUCCUUUGUUAAUACAAGAAUCAUUUGAUAGUAGAUUCAGUAGUAUAGAAACCCAAACAGAGCAGGGUCAAUUUCGGUCAUUAUUUGACUCGGAAGCAUUAUCUGGAUCUUUCAUAAUAAGCACCAAUAUCGAAACACAAACAACUGAGAAUUUUGAAAAUAUCGAGCAGCUUUUAUACAGUAAUACUUGCACACAGACCUGUGACGAGAUAUUACCAUCUGAUUUAAUUUUAUCUAACAAUCAAACUCAAACAGCAUGGUCACAAUUGCAUGAUACAACGGUGUCUACAGAAACUCAAACAAAAAGUUUGUCUUCUACGGACAACAGCAUUUCCAUGACACCCAGGUCCUGGUUAAGUACGCAAACCAGUCAUACGGAGACGCAAACUGAUUUACUUAGCAUGUUGGAGGAAUUUCAGUAACACGUUAUGAUAGCAGUGGAUCGUGAGAAGAUACAGGUAUUGGAGCGAAUGUCCGUUUUUGACAUUUCAAGAAUAGCACAUUUUUUUAUUUAUCUAUAGCUCAUUAAAAAACUUCCGUUACGUUGUUGCUGGUGAAUCUUAAGGUUUCAAUGUUGUGUUGGUGAAAUACAUUUUAUGCGUAAAGCUAGUAAGACAUA